AUGGCACUAACUAACGAGGGCAAGAGUGAUGAAGAAGUGAGUACAGCAAUGAAAGAAACAGUGCUGGCGUAUGACAACAUGUGUCACCUAAACUCACUCCGUGCUUCCCGGAAGGAUUUACCUCUCCCGCCUCCUUUUGACAAGAUGUGGCAAAGUGUUGGCAAAGUCAUAGAUCGCUUACAUUUAAGAAAUCACAAAGAUCCUUCAUGUAAGAUUAACUAUGAUCCCGACAAGGUUUUACCUGAAAAUCUCAACACAAUGGCAGCAGAGCAGGUUAACGUUUGGGCAAGCAGAUUAAAGAGGAUAAUGGUGGCUAUGCCGUAUGUACACCAUAUGUUCUUUUUCCACAGAAUGGUGAAGAAAAGGAAUUCGUACACCGAGUUUUGUUACAAGGUUGGAAAAGAUCCUGUUUUGCCAAAAAAUGCUAAGAGAUGGGCGAAACUCAAGUAA